AUGCACGUAUUUGGUGCAGUAUGUUAUGCCUACGUGCAAGGUUCUAAGAAGCUUCAACCUAGGAGUAAGGAGGGAAUUUUUGUAGGGUAUGACAUGUACAAGAAUAGCCCUGCAUAUUUGGUGUACUAUCCAGAAAGCAUGAAAGUUGAACGAGUGCGAUGUGUUAAAUUCUUUGAUUCAACUGAAUUUGAUAACGAGAACCGUCAAAUUGACGAAGAGGUUGACUCACUGCCCCGCAAUACUUCUUACGGUGAGCAACAAGCUGGAACUGAUGAGAAUAUUGAACCAGCUAUUCCACCAGUAGAGGGUGAAGUAAGGUACCCUACCAGGCCUCAUAAUAAACCCGCUUACCUAAGUGAAUAUGUUGUAGAAAGUAUCACUGAUAGUAGCGCUAAUGUUGCAAUAGAUUAUUGCUAUAGGAUGAAUGACAUCCCAGCUUGUUAUUCACAAGCAGUAAAUUCAACAGAUUCAGCUAGGUGGAAAAAGGCAAUGGAUGAAGAAUUUGACUCUCCGGUAAGUAAUGAAACAUUUACACUUACCAUGGUUCGACCCAACCGCGAGAUAGUAGGUGGAAAAUGGGUGUACAUGAUUAAAUCAGGUCCUAACGCCGAGGAGAUAUAUAAGGCUAGGUAG